AUGAAGACGGUUAACUGUUACGUGCUGCUCUUCUGCUGGAAAGCAAUCUGCUGCAAUACCUGUGAGCUCACCAAUAUCACCAUAGCAAUAGAAAGAGAAGAAUGUGAAUUUUGCAUUACUGUGAAUGCCACAUGGUGCUCAGGAUACUGCUUCACAAGGGAUCCAGUAUAUAAGUACCCACCAGUAUCAUCUGUUCAGCAAACAUGUACCUUCAAGGAGGUUGUGUAUGAAACUGUGAAGAUCCCUGGCUGUGCUGGCCAUGCCGAAUCUUUGUAUACUUACCCAGUAGCUACAGGGUGCCACUGUGAGACCUGUGACACAGACAGCACUGACUGCACUGUGCGGGGACUGGGACCAUCCUACUGCUCCUUCAGUCAGAACGGAAGCAAUCAAUGA